UACCUUAAAAAAUAAAAAUAAAUAAAUAAAAUCCAUAGAAGGAGUACAAAUUAUCGUCUAUUUUAAGGGGUGUUUCAUGAAUUCAAACAGCAGUGACACUUAAGAAUUUUGACCUACAAUACAAAUGCUGCUUUGCAACCUUCUUGUCUAUCUGAAUAAGGAAGAGUGAAGAGAGAGAGAGGAGAGAUGGAUAAUUUCAACGCAGGAGGAGGAGGAGGAAAUUGGAGUAUGAUCCCAUCCAUCCCGACUCACAGCCACAGUAACACCUCCACACCUUCCAAUCAAGACCACCUCUACCUCAAUCCCCAGCAACCACAACCACCACAAUCACAACAGUUUCAACUUCAUCCACAACAACAACAACAAUUGCACUAUCAGCAGCAGCAGCAACAACAACAACAACAACAGCGUAUCCUUCAACAACAACAGCAGCAGCAACAGCAACAGCAACAACAGCAACAGCAACAGCAUCAGCACCAAUCGCUCGCCUCUCACUUCCACCUCUUACAUAUGGUGGAGAAUUUAGCGGAAGUUAUUGACCAUGGAACCAGGGACCAGCAAUCAGAUACUUUGGUGGCUGAGUUGAACACCCACUUUGAGAAGUGCCAGGUGCUGUUGAAAUCAAUUUCGUCUUCAAUUCCCACCAAGGCUAUGACGGUUGACAGUCAGAAGCGGAAGCUGGAGGAAAGUGAGCAGUUGUUGAAUCAGCGGAGGGAUCUGAUUGCAAAGUACCGAAGCUCUGUUGAAGGACUUAUCAAGUCCGAGCCAUAACCCUAUCACCCUUGUUAUAUGUGGUCUAGUUGCUUUCAGAGCAUUCUGUACAAGCUCCCAAGUUCUAAAGGAAAGCCAGAGGUCCUAGAACUGUGGGAUUAGAUUUGUUUCUGCAGUUCUUCAUGUGCUAUGUUGUUAUUGUGUUUACCUAUUAACAUGUAUGACAGCUCCAUGAAAUGGUCAUUGGUUGAUCCAGAUUUAAUGAGACACUUUGGUGACCUAAAAGCUUAUCUCCAAAUUGCUUCUAUUUAUUCUCUCCAUCUUCCCUAACAAUGUCGCCACAGCAUAUUAUUUUGAGUAAUGGCUUUGGUAGCAGUGUUACGAUGAGGUUUCAUUAGGGUAAAAUCAAAAGUUGUAAACGGGACAAGUUGUAAAAAGUCAUUUAAUAGGCAAUGACAAUAAUUUUUUUUUUAAAAAAUUUAAAAAGCACAAUAAUUUGUGUUAUGCAAGUGACAUAUUUAACUUGAAA